CGCGCUUUCCUGGACGAAUACAGGAGGAGCAGGCCUACAGCUGCAGCGCAUGAGGAGCACACUCUUCAAACGGACCGGACCUGUCUGAAGAAUAUUGCCUGUAAACGUGAGUUGUACAGACAAGAGGUGAGCCAUGGAGGACGGGAAGCCAGUGUGGGCACCACACCCCACCCAUGGGUUCCAGCUAGGCAUGAUCGUAGACAUCGGAGCAGAUGCACUGACCAUCGAGCCGCUACACCAGAGGGGCAAGACAUUUCUUGCUCCUAUGAAUCAAGUAUAUCCCGCUGAAGAAGACGUUAACAAGCACGUGGAUGACAACUGUUCCCUCAUGUACUUGAAUGAAGCCACCCUCCUCCACAACGUCAAAGUCCGCUAUAACAAAGACCACAUCUAUACUUACGUGGCAAAUAUUUUGAUAGCUGUCAACCCUUACUUUGACAUCCCCAAUCUCUACGGUCCAGAAGCAAUCAAGUCCUACAAAGGGAAGUCUCUGGGAACACUUCCUCCUCAUGUGUAUGCGAUAGCUGACAAAGCGUACAGAGACAUGAAGGUUCUAAAGAUGAGCCAGUCCAUUAUUGUGUCUGGAGAAUCUGGAGCAGGGAAGACAGAAAACACCAAGUUUGUCCUCAGAUAUCUGACUACAACUUAUGGAACUGGUCAAGACAUUGAUGAGAGAAUCGUUGAAGCUAAUCCCCUUCUGGAGGCCUUUGGGAAUGCCAAGACUGUGCGGAAUAACAACAGCAGUCGAUUUGGAAAGUUUGUAGAGAUACACUUUAAUGAGAAGAAUGCAGUUGUAGGAGGGUUUGUUUCCCAUUACUUGUUGGAGAAGUCCAGAAUCUGCGUUCAGAGCAGUGAUGAGAGGAAUUAUCACAUCUUCUACAGACUGUGCGCUGGAGCCACUGAGGACCUCAAGAAGAAACUCCGCCUGGACUCACCAGACCACUUCAGGUACUUGAAUCGAGGAUGCUCCAGCUUCUUUGCCACUAAGGAUUCAGAUAAACAAAUCCCACAGCAACGGAAAAGUCUUGAGCAUGUGAAGAGUGGAGCCUUGAAGGACCCACUCCUCGAUGAUCUGGGGGACUUCAGCAGGAUGUGUGAUGCUAUGAAGAAGAUCGGCCUGAAUGACACAGAGAAGCUGGACCUCUUCAGAGUGGUCGCUGGAGUUUUGCAUUUGGGAAAUAUUGACUUUGAAGAAACCGGAAGCAGCUCCGGUGGCUGUGUGCUUAAGAACCAGUCAAGUGAUUCUCUGCAGUUCUGUGCUGACCUGCUGGGUCUGGACCAGGACGAUCUGAGGGUCAGUCUCACCACCAGAGUCAUGCUCACGACAGCAGGGGGCGCCAAAGGAACUGUGAUAAAGGUCCCUCUAAAGGUGGAACAGGCCAACCACGCCCGGGACGCCCUGGCCAAAGCUGUGUACAGCCGGCUCUUUGACCACGUGGUGAGGAGAGUCAACCAGUGUUUCCCCUUUGAAACCUCCAACCAUUUCAUUGGAGUUCUGGACAUUGCGGGUUUUGAGUAUUUUGAGCACAAUAGCUUUGAACAAUUCUGCAUCAAUUAUUGUAACGAGAAGCUCCAGCAGUUUUUCAACGAGCGGAUUCUUAAAGAGGAGCAAGAGUUGUAUCAAAGGGAGGGACUGGGGGUGAGUGAGGUACAUUACGUCGAUAACCAGGAUUGUAUAGACCUUGUGGAGGCCAAGCUGGUGGGAAUCCUGGACAUUUUGGAUGAAGAGAACCGUCUCCCUCAGGCCAGCGAUCAGCACUUUACUGUGGCCGUUCACAGCAAGCACAAGGACCACUUCAGACUUACGGUUCCGAGGAAGUCAAAGUUGGCCAUUCACCGGAAUCUUCGAGAUGAUGAAGGCUUUAUGAUCAGACAUUUUGCCGGAGCUGUUUGUUAUGAAACGACACGUUUUGUGGAGAAGAACAACGAUGCCUUGCACAUGUCCUUGGAGUGCCUGGUGUGUGAAUCCAAAGACACUUUUGUCAGAGAGCUCUUUGAGAACUAUAACAGCGCCAAAGACGUCAAGCAAAAGUCUGGCAAACUCAGCUUCAUCAGCGUUGGCAACAAAUUCAAGACUCAGCUAAACCUACUGCUGGAAAAGCUCCGUAGUACAGGUUCCAGUUUUAUUCGCUGUGUGAAGCCCAAUCUAAAGAUGGUGAGCCACCAGUUUGAGGGGGCCCUGAUCUUGUCCCAGCUGCAGUGCUCUGGAAUGGUGUCAGUGCUGGACCUGAUGCAGGGCGGCUUCCCUUCUCGCGCUCCCUUCCAUGAGCUCUACACCAUGUACAAACAAUACCUACCAGAAAAAUUACAGCGACUCAACCCACGGCUUUUCUGCAAGGCCCUAUUCAAAGCUUUGGGACUAAAUGACGCUGACUUCAAGUUUGGGCUGACCAGAGUUUUCUUCCGCCCUGGAAAGUUUGCAGAGUUUGACCAGAUCAUGAAAUCGGACCCGGAGCAUCUGGCAGAGCUGGUGAAGAAGGUCAACAAGUGGCUCGUGUGCAGCCGCUGGAAAAAAGUGCAGUGGUGCAGCCUGUCAGUCAUCAAACUUCGUAACAAAAUGAGUUACCGAGCCAUGGCCUGCAUUAAAAUCCAAAAGACUGUUCGUAUGUGGCUGUGCAGGAGAAAACACAAGCCACGUGUGGAUGGAUUGGUGAAGGUUCGUAAUCUGAAGAAACACAUGGAACAUUUGACCAAAGUGGUGGAUGGGCUGAAGGAGGGUAAACAAGAAGUGUCCAAGCAAGUGCACGAGCUGGCUACUGCGAUAGACCAGCUCAUGACCAAGAUCAAGACCACUGUGAUGAGCUGGAAGGAGAUCGACUCAGAGUACCAGGCCUUAGUGCGGCGCUCGGAGCAGCUGCUGGGGUCCAUGCAGAAGAAGAAGCAGGAGCAGGAGGAGAGCGAGAGGCUCAAGCACAUCGAGGAGGAGAUGGAGAAGGAGAGGAAGAGGAGAGAGCAGGAAGAACAGCGCCGCCUACAGGAGGAGGAGGAGCGGCGACUCAAAGCAGAGAUGGAACUGAAGAGAAAGCAAGAAGAAGAAGACCGAAAGAAACGAGAGAAGGAAGACCAAGUAAUGCAGGCUGAGCUGGAGAUGCAGUUGGCCCUGGAGCGGGAGGAGCAGGUUCAGCAGGCAGCCAUCUUGGAGCAGGAGAGGAGGGAUCGUGAGUUAGCCAUGAGAAUCGCCCAGAGUGAGGCAGAGCUUAUCACAGAGGAGGGACAGCUGGAUCCGAGUCUGCGCAGGGGGGCGCAGGUGCAGGCGACCAAGGUGACUGCUGGGGUAAAAAAGUACGAUCUGAGCAAGUGGAAGUACGCCGAGCUCCGAGACGUCAUCAAUACUUCUUGUGACAUUGAGUUGCUGGCUGCGUGUAGAGAGGAGUUUCACCGGCGUCUGAAGGUGUACCACGCCUGGAAAGCCAAAAACAAGAAACGCACCGAUGAUGACAGCAACCAAAGAGCGCCCAAGUCUGUCACCGACUAUGCUGAACAGAAUCCAGCUCCUCCGGCCGCUCAGCAUCAGGAAGUGGCCAUGAACAGGCAGCAGAGGUACUUCCGUAUUCCCUUCAUUCGGCCCGCGGACCAGUACAAAGACCCACAGAACAAGAAGAAGGGUUGGUGGUACGCACACUUCGACGGGCCCUGGAUCGCACGCCAGGUGGAGCUGCACCCCGACAAGAGGCCCAUAGUUCUGGUCGCAGGGAAAGACGAUAUGGAGAUGUGUGAGCUGAGUCUGGAGGAGACAGGACUGACCAGGAAGAGAGGGGCUGAGAUCCUGCCGCGACAGUUUGAGGAGAUUUGGGAACGCUGUGAUGGAAUUCAGUACCUUAAAAAGGCCAUUGAGAACAAACAGGCCCGGCCCACAUAUGCUACAGCCAUGCUUCAGAGCAUGCUCAAGUAAUGCACCUGCCCUGAGCGUAACACUGCCCCCUACAACACGUUUUUCAUAAUAAUGUCAUUUUUAUCACUGAUGUUGUUUUGCUCUCCAUGGCCUUAACUAUGUUGUUUAUUUGUUUUGUUUUUUACCCUAUGUUUGUGCGGCUUUUAGUCUGUUAAAAUUUUAAAACAAUAAUAAAGUGAAUACAAUGAAAACGUAGUACAAAGCAUAGGUACUUAUGAAAUAUCGAUAUAUAACUAAAAUAAUGAUUUUAUUUUCUCGAUUUGAAACUGUAAGUUUUCAAGAGAUGACAGACUAAACCUCAUAUAUUGAGUUUUUAAUAUUUAUUUUAAUAUUAUUUGUUGCCAUGCAUUAGAAAAUUCCAUUGUGCAACCUUCACAACUGGAUUUUGACUUUCACGUAGAACAGUUUUGUAGAAGAUAAUUGCAGUUACAAUUUGCAGUUUUGUGAAUUUUGUGUCCUUCCAUACCAAUGCGAGUGUGUAUUGUUACGCAGGAUGUUUAUAAACCUUUUGUUCUGCUGUUUUAUGAUGCCUUCACUCUCUCAGAGAAAAUAAACCCUCGUGACA